CUCCCUCCCUCUCCCUCCCUCCCUCUCCCUCCCUCUCUCUCUCUCUCGACCACUCGUUUCAUCUCCACACCACUGAGCACUGAGGGGGACGCGGUCGUCUUCGUUCCAACGCAGUGUCCGGAGGCGGAGGCGCAGCUGCGGAUCUGUUGCUUUUUUUGUGUGUGGGGGGAGAGGGGAGAGGGUGUGGGGGAGACAGACCAGGAGACGAGCUGAUAGAGGCACUGACUGCCUUGACUGAGGAGCACAGGCGAGGCUUCCCACAGCCACACAGCCUCAGCGAAGGUUUGACCGAUGUGCACCCAGCCUGGGACGGCACCGAUCGCAUUCAGAUGGAAACCCAAGCCCCCAUCAGCAACCCCCUCUCUCUCCAGCUUGCUCACGACCGGGGGCGGCAGCGGGCAGAUCCUGACCCCGAUCCGGGGGACACGCAGCUGGGAGCCGUGCUCUCCAUAGACCAGAUCCGGUCCAUCAGGGCCAGCAACGACUACGUGGAGAGACCCAUCGUCGUCUGCUCCAGGCCCACGACCAGCCCGUCCAGCUCGCAGCAGAAGUGGGAGAGGACGGCCGAGCCGAGACAGGGUGGCCUGGACCAACACUCGGGCACCCAGCUCCACCACUCCGCCGUCCAACAGCAUCUCAGCAGGUCCACCAGCACAGUCAGCUCGGCCUCCAGGGGUAGCACGGCCUCCGACCAGAGACUCCUGGCCACCUUGAGCUUGUCCAACCCCGGCCCGGGGAUUAUCAGGGCUCAACCCAAGACUGAGUUCAAAGGCCAGCUGGACAAGGGCGCGGGAGCGGGCGAGGAUUGGCGGAAACACGCCAUGCGUUGCGAGGGGUGCGGCAAGUGCAAGUGUCACGAAUGCACGGCUCCCAGGACUCUGCCUUCCUGCUGGCUGUGCAACCAGAGGUGCCUUUGCUCAUUGCAGAGCGCCGUGGAGUACGGCACGUGUCUGUGCUGCAUCGAGGGCCUCUUCUACCACUGCUCCACCGACGACGAGGACAACUGUGCCGACAAUCCCUGCUCCUGCGCCCAGGCCCACUGCUGUGCCCGCUGGACCGCCAUGGGCUUCAUCUCCGUCCUGCUGCCCUGCUUGUGGUGCUACCUGCCCGCCAAGGGCUGCCUGCGGGCUUGCCAGGGCUGCUACGACGAAGUCAAGAGGCCUGGGUGCAGGUGUAGCUCCUCUAAUACUGUGUGCAGGAAGGUGUCCAAUGCUCCACGACCCAAAUCCUUCGAGAAACCUUUAUGACCAAGACUUCGUGCAAAGUCCGUGACUGCUGUUAAACCCCUGUGGAAGUUCAGAAGGGCACAUUCUCCAGAGUUUCUCGGAACUGGGUUCCAUUCCCUCCCUAUCCCGUGAAUGACCUGUGUUCCAUGCACUAAGAACGGGACGGAAGGGGAGGGAGAAGAGGAGGAGAACAGGCUUCCAGCUGGUUAUUUGAAGGGAACACCUCCCAGCAACACACAAUGGCUACACUUUGGAAAGUCCGAGGCUUUAUCAUUGCAUUGACCCAGGCAAAAAGGGAUCAUGUAUUCUCUUCGUGUUAAGCACCUUUUUUUUGUGGAUUCUUUGUUCAGUGUAGAGCUGGCGAGGUCAUAGCUGCCAGCGGAUUUCAGUAUUAGCAUCUUCAGAGCAGCAAACCUUAUCUGUAUUGGGGAGGGGGCGAGAUUUUGGAUCCUUUUUGUGUCCUAUGGGAUGGGCUCUUUUGGCUGAGUUCCUCUGAAAAUGGGGAGAAUGUUUUCUACAACACUCUCUCUCUCUCUCUAUCUGAUAACUUGCAGUACAGGCAGGGGGAUGGAGUGGAGGGGGAGGUGUGGAGUCUAUUGGCAGCAGGUCCUGUCGACAGCCAGCCAGUUUAUCGGGAAACCACGAGGCUCCUCUCCACUAUCAACGCAUUAAACAUUUAUCGCUUGCCUUAGAAAUGUGAUCUACUCUAUUGAAAAUAUAUUUUAUUUCCCCUCCAUCACCAACUUCGCUCUGCUGUACGUACUUACUCCUGCAGCUCAGUCGUUUUAACUCUUUGUUGACUUGGAUUGCGAAAGGUGAGAGGCAAUGUUUAAAUACCAGGCAGGAUGUUCUUACUGUGAGAGGCACUUUCAGCCCCGUUCCUAAUCAUCUACACAGUGUUAUUUUUCGUAGGGAAACUCUCUCUCUCUCUCUCUCUCUCUCUCUUACCUGUCCCCGCUCACUCAGUAAUGAUCUUUGCAGUUGCUGGAUUGAGAAAUUGAUGUUCAGGUGUUUGAUGCAAAGCCAGGCAUGUUUCUUUGAAAUGCAUUAUUGCAUUUUAGCACUGAGACCAAAGCCAUGCAUCCACCCCACUCUCUCUCCUCUCUCUCUCUCUCUCUCUCUCUCUCAAUCUCUUUCUUCUCCUCUCCUCCUCUCCCUCAUUCCCCCAUGUAAUGAUUUUACCGAAUAUUUGUUUCCCUGAAGACAGUAAAGGCUCUAUUUGUGGUACAGUAAACACCUGAUAGCUCGACCCUGCCUGGCAUUUAAGUCAUCGUGCUGUCAAUCUCAUGGCUGCAUUUAUUUAUGUAUUUAUACAUAUAACUAACUUGCCACUCCCGAUUACUUGUCACUCAGUCCCUUUCCCUGGGAGAGACGAGUUAGCAGGAAUUUAUUGGAUUUCCUAACUGGAUUCCUGAAUAAGCAAUUCUAGUCGUGCAAAUGGGAGCUGUAACCGAUGGGUGUUUAGUUUUUAAGGAACCCCAUUGAAAAAUCCUGCAUAGCGAAGCUGUCUGUGAACCUCUCCAGAGGGGAAGUUGGCAAGGGAAAGAUGGAGGCCAUGUCCUGCUUUAGUCAUAUUCCCACCAGCCACCCAAUAACGUGGUUCCCUUAGACAGACUGUUACAUACUUGCCCUUUAAGUCCCACUGCUGUAGCUCCGCGCUGGAGUGUGUAUGGUUUUGCUGUGGUGCGGCUGACAGAAUGGUAACUUCAUUGUUCAGCUGUACCACGGGGCAGGUGUAUUCAGGUGCCGCGGAAAGUGUCUAUGCCGGUUGGUUCAGCUGUAUUGAGUACAGAUGCAUCUGCAGCAUCUUCUGUAUGUAAAUUUACUGAGAAACAGGCAAGAAGUGUCCCAUCCCAAGAGAUCUGUUGGUUGAUCCUUCCAUCACCUCCGUCCUUUCUCCCCCCUCAUUAGUCUAUCCUUCUA